AUGCCGCCUUCAUCAAGGAAUAAGAAGAAGAAGAGUAAAUCCAAAAAUCAACAGAAAAAGGCUCAUGAUCACCAUCAUACUACGUCGACGCAGAAUACAGAUACUUUAUGCUCCACUUUGCCCUCCAAUAUUGAAACAGAAAUUUAUGACCAAAAUGAAGAAUAUCCAACUUCACGAGUCAUUAAAAGAGCUCCCAAUGGUGAUGUCGUAGUACAAUCCUUACAUCAGAACGAUAAUAAUAUUGAUACUGAUCCUCAUCAUUAUCAGCAUCAGCAUCAGCAUCAGCAUCAGCUUCAGCUUCAUAAUACCAAUAACAACAACAAGAAAAGUAAGAAAAAAUCGAAAAAUAAUAAUAACAAUAAUAAUAGCAAUGAGGACACCAGUAGCAAGAACAAGAAUAAUAAAUCAUCCAUGGCAUUCACGUUAGACUCUCAUUGGGAGUCAUUAUCUCCAAAUGAAAAGAAAUCAAUCUUAAGAAUAGAAAAAAAUGAAGUAUUUAACGUAAUCAAAAGAUAUCAAAAUGAUCAUUCAUGUUCUUGUACUGUAUGUGGUAGACGUCAUUUGGCUAUGGAUCAAGAAAUGGAAAGAAUCUAUAACAUAUUGUACGAUAUAGAUAAGAUUAAAGAUCCGGAAAUUAACCCAAUUAAAUUCCAUUUGGGGAUCAUAAAGGAACUACAAAUAUCUAAAAAACAACAACAGCAGCAACAAUUACAGUCGCAGCAGCCGUCACCACAUGAAAAUGAAAUACAUAAUCAAUCAAUAGAACAUCAUGAACAACCGACACAUAACGAAGAUUCAUUACAAGAUGAAGUACGUCAUUUCAAAAAUUUUAAAAAACAUCAAUUACAAUUAUUGCAAGAACAGCAACAACAUCAGCAACAACAACUAGAUGAAAGCGACAAUCAUGAGGAACAAUUAAGAACAAAAUAUUUAGAAUUUACAAAGGCAUUCGUCACAUCACACCCGAAAAUAGCCCAAGAUUACGUAGAAAAAUUACUCCAGUAUCCAACAAUGAAAGCAAUAACAGAUGAUCUGAUUAAAAACACUGACAUAUCCACCACAAAUGGGAAAAAUUUCGUGACAGCUUUACAAAAUUUCGUAAUGGAAAAUACCACCACCACAUCUUCUUCAUCUGACCCAACCACAUCAUCCUCGGAUUCUUCUUCUUCUUCUUCAAACUCAAUGAUUCAAGACCCAAGAGAAUUCACAACCAUGCUACAUAACGGCACCCCAUUAACAUCAAAAGAAUAUUUUGACCUUCAAAGAAACAUAGCAGAAAGAAUGACCUCUUCAUACGAUUCCAAAAGACAUAAAUUCAAUGAAGUUUCCCCCUUAGAAAAGGAAUUAUUCACCCGUUUCAUGUUCGGUAAUGAUAGGAAGGAAUUCGGAGAAUUAGUAAUGAAUUCAUUUAGAAAUAAAUUCGAUAAGGAAUUCGGUGGGACUUCCAUUAGUGCUUCUCUUGCGGCAGCUGCUGCAGCUGCAACCGCGUCCAUUACUCAGUCUCAUUCUCAUUCUCAUUCUCAAACGAUGCAGCAGCAGCAGGAUGAAGAAUAUAUGUAUUAUGAUGAUGAUGAUGAUGAUGGUGAAUCCAACGAUGAGGAAAGUGAUUUGAUAUCAGAAUAUGAAGAAGAUCAAAGUGAAUACUACGAAGAACAGGAAGAGGAAGACGAAGAGGAAGAAUAUGAAAGGGAUGAAGAAUCAUAUGCGUUGCAUGAAUGUAAUGAUCGUAAUCAUCAACAUCAACAUCAACAUUUUAGUGAUGAAGAAGAAUUAGAACGUGCACUGGAACAACAUAUGCUAUCUCAUGAUGAUCAUACACAUGAUCAUGCAUAUGAUCAUGUCCAAGAUGAGGAACAUGUUGAAGCUGAAAUACAUGGUCAUCAUAUGCAUCGUCAUCAUAUGCAUCAUCAACAUCAACAUCAGCAUCGCCAUGGGCUUAUUGAACAUGAUGAACCUAUCGAUCAUGGUCAUGAAGAUGAAAUCGAAGACGAGAUUGAAGAUGAGGUAGAAGAUGAAGAUGAAGAUGAAGAUGAAGGCGAAGAUGAGCAUGAACAUGAACAUGAAAAUGAAGAAGAGGACGAAGAUGAAGACGAAGAUGAAGAAGAGGAGGAGUAUGAUAGUGGUAUCGAUGAGGAAGAUCGUCUUGAGGAAGGUAGGAAAUUAAUUCAAAUUGCCAUUACGAAAUUGUUACAGGGUAGAAUUAUGGCAUCAUAUCAUGAAAAACAAGCUGAAAAUAAUCGUUUGAAAUUAUUGAAAGAAUUAGAAGAUGAAAAAUUGAAACAGAAGGAAAAAGAAGAGAAAAAACAAAAAAAGAGAGAAAAGGAAAAGGAAAAGAAAAGACAAUUACAAUUAGCUAAAGAAGAAGAAAGACGUAAGAAAAUUUUAGAACUUGAAGGACAAAAAAGAGAAAAUGAAAGGAAAGAACAAGAAAGACGUGAACUGCAAAGAAAGAAAGUUGAAGAAGCGAAAAGAAAGAAAGACGAGGAGAAAAAGAGAAAAUUACAAGAGCAACGUCGUAGAGAAGAACAACAAGAACAACAAAGGAGAUUAAAGGAGGAACAAAGACAGAAGAAGGAAGUAGAAAAGAAAGAAAAGGAAGAACAGAAACGUUUGAAAGAGGAAUUGCAAGAGAAAGCGAGAAAAGAUGAAAUAGAACGACAAAGACGUUUAAAGCAAGUGGAAGAAGCAAAUAAGAAGGAAAAAGAAAGGCAACAAAAAUUGAAAGAAAAAGCAUCGCAACAACAAGCAAAAUCUAAAAGUUCAAAAAGUAACGCACUUCCGCCAACGGCAUUCACAGGGCCGAUUGUUUUAAGUCAAACUUCUCCUCAAAAUGUAUCUUCAUCCAGUUCUACAAAAGAUGUAAACACUACUAUUCAAGCUUCAAAUUUUCGAAUUGCUAACAACACUUCCAUUUCCACUGGAUAUCAAUCAGUUUCAGACGAUAUUCUGCAAAUCGUCAAUGCUGCAACAGCUUCAAAUUCAAAAUCUGUGUCACCAUCACAUCUAAAUGAUUUAGUGAAUCCUCUUCAUAAUAACAAAUUAUCAACGGAAACAUUGAAAAAGCAGGAUUCCGAUUUCGAGACAUUGAAACCACAAUUACCAACAAAUGGUAUGUUCGCGCCCAAUAUCUCCUCGCAACAAGGGCAGAUGUCAUUUGAUAAUAUAUAUUCCAUGCAUCCGAUGCCAUCACAAAUGCAGCAGCAACAGCAACAGCAACCUUUCCAAAUGCACCAAAUGUCGGGCCCAUUAGGAUUGAUACCUCAGUCGUAUGCCUUGCCAAACUGGAAUUCUGUAAUGAAUCAUCCCCAACAACAACAGCAACAGCAGCAAUCGAUAUUGAAUGCAAUGCAAACAUCAGGUAAUGAUAUGUCAGCUCAAACUUAUUUACAACCACAAUCACAUUCACAAUCACAACAACACAACCCAACAACCUUCCCGCCAGUAGGAGAAAAUCAUAGAAAAUCAUUUGCUGAUGAACUGCAAUCAUUGACAAACAUAUUGUCGUCUGCUGGUAUAGAUGAUCCAAAUUUUGUUCCAACCGCUUCAGCUUCUACAUCUUCUGGCUUCAAACAAACUUCGUUAUGGAAUACAACUGCAACACCUAAUACCGCUAGUACCCAGCUAGAAAUAAACCAUCCCUUAACUCCUGCAUCAACAUCGUCAAACCUAACCGAUGUAAACACAUUACCUUCCAUGCAAAAUAUGAAUUCUUCACUGUCUCACAGAAGUUCAAUUUGGGGGUCUGCCACACCUGCUAUGAACAAUAGUUUGAAUACACAUUCAUCAGGAAUUGCUACAACGAAUAUACUACUCGAUAGUGUUUCAUCUUCACAUGGAUUGGGAAUAAUGCCACCCAGCAUCAGAAAUGAUAUUCAUGUUGAUACACCAUCACAACUUGCUGGUAUUCCACAGAAUAGUGAAUCCCCAAGCUUCUUAACUUCUAAUAUUUGGAAUAGUUCAUUCCCUAAUAGUGGAAUAUCUAAAAGCACUACCGCUCCGGGAGCUGGUGUAACUACAUCUUCAUUAUUAGAUCCACAGGCGUAUUCCACUGUAAGAAGUAAUAAUGGUUCAAACCUUUUUGAAAACAUUUAUAAUAACUAUUUGAUGAUUGCAGGAAGAGAUUUAACUACCCAGUACGUUUCGAUCGAUAUCCUAUAUCAAAAUCUACUGGGCGAAGGAUUAGACUAUCCAUCAUUAAUUAAGGCAUUAUGGGACAUGCGUAUUACAUAUAAUGCAGAUUUAUUACCCAACAAUACAGGCUUAGCUACACAUGUUAAAAUGUUGGGUCCCCAACAACGUAUGGCAAGGCAAUCUUCAAGUUUGUUGAAUAGUAUUGGUUUCAAUUUGGGUACUAAUAGUGCAACAGGUGGGAACAUAGAUCCUUUCAAUCAAGGACCAUUAAUGAUGGAUUUGAAUGCAAACAAUACUAUAUCAUCAUCCAAUACUACAAGUACAUCAUCGCAGUCAGCAAAUGGAAUACCAUCUAAUGUUUAA